UUUAUUUUAAAAAUUCUCUUUCCUCAGCACCGGUGAAUAGCCAGCAUCUCCUAUUGCAUCUUAAGCCAGCCACACACAGCAUCUGCUGACUGAGAACCAUCAUGGACCCAAGGGAAAUGAGCACUGGAGGCAUGAGGCAAAGAAGCUCUCAGGAGCAGACCAGUGGAGAAGAGGAAACACAAUUACUCAAUGGAGAAGUUGAACACCUGGAGAAAAUCACUGCCCACAUCCAAUGGAAGAGACACCUGGAGGUAAUGAAGGCGAAGGUACUAGAACAGGUACACAAUCAGCUGAGUGAUCUCUUGGACAAGACCUUGGAAGAAGCAGCUCAUUCCAGACCCCAGCAAUUGAGUGUUGUCCCAGCAAAGAAGCAAAGCAGAGAGAAGGGUCAGCUACUGAAGAAGAAAGUCUUUGUCCCUCAACGGUCCUUGUAUGACACGUUGCUGGAGGUGGAACAUUUCCGCACAAUCCAUCACAUAUUUGUGGCCAUGCUCUGUAUCUUUGUCCUCAAACAAAUCAUUGUGGAUUCCAUCGAUGAAGGACGUCUUGUUCUGGAUUUCGAGCUCUUUAUCAUUGGCUUUCGACAGCUGCCCACAGCACUCUUAACCUGGCUCUGCAUGUUCCUCUACACCUUAUUUGUGCCCUACCAGGCCCUGCAAAUAUGGUCAGGCUGCUUGAAGAUGACCAGGUUCCCCAACCUCUUGACUGUCACCCUGGUGUUGUUGGUGCUGCUCUGCCAUGCUGCAGUGCUGGGCUUCUUCCCCGUCUAUAUUGCUGUCUACUGUAACUUGGGAAUUGCCUCUCGUAUAAUUGUCAUCUAUGAGCAGAUCCGGUUCCUGAUGAAAAGCUACUCAUUUCUGCGAGAAUCGAUGCCGCCUCUUCUCCAUGCCAGGGACCAAGUUGGGAAGAUAAGCCCUCCUGAGUUCUCAACCUACUUGUAUUUUCUCUUCUGCCCUACUUUGAUCUACAGAAAGAGCUAUCCAAGAGAUCCAUACAUCCGCUGGAGUUAUGUCAUCCAAAAACUGGUUGAGUUUCUGGCGAGUGUAUAUUUUAUGAAUUUCCUUCUGAAAUACUACUUCAUCCCUAACUUCAGCAACAUGCAUAAACAGCCCUUCACCAUCAAAAUCCUGCUGCUCUACAUCUUUGAUUCAGUAGUACCCGGGACAACUUUGCUAUUGUUGAUCGCCUAUUUCUUCCAAGACUGCUGGCAAAACAUAUUUGCUGAGAUCCUGCGCUUUGCAGACCGUUCUUUCUACAAGGUGAUAACAAGGGGUGGCAGAGGUUGCAAGAAAGAUAUGUAGAGUCUGGAUUUCAUUGGCCAUGAAGAACAGUUUGAAAAACUUCGCACAGAGUUCUGAGAGGUUAUGACUCUGAAAGAGAAGCAAAUUUUAUCUUCCUAAAACAACUGUACUGAAGAAGCUGACAUUAAUUGUUAUCUGAUUAAUUGUUAUCAAAGUAAUAAAUACAGGUGGUCCCUCAUUUAGCAACUGGGUGCAGUUACAACUUGAUGAUAAAGUAAAGUUCUGAUCAAAUCUCACAUUUACAGCCUCUGCAGGUCUGUAAAGCAAAACAAAGUAGAACUAAGAUUGCAAGCAUUGUUUUUUCCAUACUAAUUGUUUUAAUGGGCUUGUAAAUUUUUUAAUUUUUGCUUUUAUCAUAUGGCACCAGAGUGCCUUUAGGUGAGAUAGGCAACCAUCUAAAUUUGGCAAUAAAUAAAUUAGGCAAAUAACAUAACUGUUUCACUUAAUGACCGCUUAACAACUUUGUUGCUGCUCCCAAUUGUGGUCACUAAAUGAAGACUGCCUGUAGAAACAUGUAUGUUUAGGGAUUAUAAGAGAGAUCAAAUAACAUGUUCUGAAAGAUUUUGCAAGACCCCACAUGGUGGUUCAUUCAUGUCUUCUCAAUGGCUGAAAUCUAACUUUUCAUGUCCCCCUUGACCCUCCCCUAUCCUUGAUCUCACCCCUUCCCUAACACCCUGUGCAUCUCCUUGCUCUCCCACACCUGACAGUAGCCACUUACCUGCCUGUUUGGGAGUUGCAAUUUCCCACUGGUUUCCCCACUGACUUAGUGAUGGAAAUCCUAAUCCUGAUUGCUCUUGUAACUCAAGGACAACCUGUACACAGACAAGCUAAGAUAGAUUGUCUCUUUCCUUGCCAAAAUAUAGUGAUGUUCCCGUUUCAAGCCUGGCAUUUCUAUGUUUUUCAUGCUCUUUAUUUCAUUCUCCUUGCCUAGGACUGGUGGAAUACCACAUCAUUCUCUACAUUCUUUCGGUCAUGGAAUGUGAUUGUACACGACUGGCUGUACUGCUAUAUUUAUCAAGAUUUU